AGAAUGCAGGCUACACCUUCGCCUUCAGUCGUUCGCUGUCAACAAACAUGAAGUUUUCUACGGUUCUUUCUCUACUCAGCUAUGCAUUCGCCGCCGCAGCCAACCUGGUGCCAAGGCAGGGCAGAUGCUCCGAAGAUACUUGCUUUCGAGCCGUAUGGGGAACGAAUCUGGGUACAGAUCAUCCUCUUACUGCACAACGAGACUGCAUGAGUCGCCUUACAACAACUGUGGCAAUCUUCCCAAUUACCACCAUCACGGUUGUCGCCCGGGACACCAUAACUACAGUUAUCUCUUGCUCGACAACUUCUACCAGCAGCACUGCCUCCAGCCUAACUACCAGCGCCUCAUCCCUUCCGGGGUUCACCUUUCCGACUCCUACACCACCCUCGAUAGGGAGUGCGGCCGGUAGAGUCAAAGCUCGCCAGAACCAGGCUUUAUCCUCUAGUACGACAACCAUCGUUGGACCGAUUCCUACAUAUGUUGGCAAUGCUUGUUCCGAUUUGGACUCGCUCUAUGCCAGUACAUGCUCUUGCAAGGGAGUUACGCAAGCAUCUUGUAGCACGUCCUACACCAUCACGCUUUCGCACAGUUCUUCCACUACUGUAACUACUGUCACUAUCAGCUCGUCUACCGGCACUGGAACAGGUUCUGCCUCUUCCACAUCUUCUAGCUCGUCCUCUUCGAUCACGGAUACCUCGACAAUUUCGUCCACAUCUGUGUCAACGAACUAUACACCCUCCAACACCACCCUAAUCCCAUCAACGACUUUGAGCACAAGGUCCACUUCGUGGAACACGACAUCGACAAGCUCUACGACUUCCACAUCCCCCACGCCAAUUUGCAGCGGUCUCGGCUCCAUACUUUGCAACGGCACCUGCCAUGUCGCAACCAACGACAGGCUCAACUGUGGCCGCUGCGGCAAUGCGUGCGCGUCUGGACUAGACUGCAUUAACGGCGUAUGUGUCCGCCAGCCUUGUGACUCCACCUGCGACUUCGAUCGGCAUUGCAACUCGGGACCUAACCGCCCAUCGGGAGGCUGCAUCUGCGCUACCGACGCAUCUCAACAUGGCAUCUGCUUCGACAAAGACAGGUACCAAUGCGGCAAUGGAAAUCUUGUCCGAUGUCUUCAAACGGAGCUCUCUAGUGACCCCAGCAAACUUGGAUGCCCGCUUGGACACGUCUGCAUUAAGAGUAUCUGCGCAAGCAAUUGCAACAAUACGGGCGUUCCUGAAGCAGCGCAGCUGGGCAUUUGUGUUAGUACGGAGAGAUGUGGAGAUUCGGGCACGACGCAGCUGGGUCCAUUGCUGAAGAUCGGUGAACAAGAGAAGCGCAGGAGACUAAUUGGAGAGUUUAACUGGUAG